AUGCCGCUGUUUCUCAGAAUUAAUACUGAAAAAUUGUGUACUUCUUCGUCUGGGUCUUUCCAUUCCUCAAACUUUGUAUGCCAGAAGUCUCCCUCCAGUGAGCAGUAUUAUCAGAAAUUCGCAUUAUUUGAGUACGUUUUUGUUCUCUCAACCGACUCGAGGAAACGAACAAGAAACUGUGUACUGGUUAAUGUUCACGUCCCAAUAAACGGUACGUAUACUCGAUCAAAAUAUCUGGGUCCUGGCUCAUACGAGUCCUCAAAGUUUGUACGCCAAGGGUCCUACCUCGAUUCUUUUCCAUCGGACAACUGCGCCCCCGCAUAG